CAGAGAUCAAAAUGUGGAGGCUGAAGAUAGGAGAGGGAGGGAAGGAUCCGUACAUAUUCAGUACAAACAACUUCAGUGGAAGGCAAAUAUGGGAGUUUCAUGCUGAUGAAGGAACUCCAGAAGAACAAGCUGCAGUUGAAGCUGCUCGUCAAAAGUUCUACAAUAAUCGAUUCAGUCUCAAGCCCUGUGGAGACCUUCUAUGGCGUUUUCAGUUCUUGAGAGAAAAGAAUUUCAAACAAACAAUACCAAGGGCGAAGAUAGAGAAAGGAGAGGAAAUAAGUGAUGAAAAAGUUGGGAACACUGUGAGAAGGGCAACUCAUUAUCUAAGCGCAUUGCAAUCGAAAGAUGGUCACUGGCCUGCUCAUAUUGCUGGACCUCUCUAUUUCAUGCAAGCUCUGGUAUUUUGCAUGUAUAUUACCGGUCAUCUUGAUGCUGUGUUCCCGGAAGUAUAUCGUAAAGAAAUCCUUCGAUACCUAUAUUAUCACCAGAAUGAGGAUGGAGGGUGGGGCCUACACAUAGAGGGACACAGCACCAUGUUCUGUACUGUGCUGAGUUAUAUAUGCAUGCGAAUGCUUGGAGAAGGACCCAAUGGAGGCGAAGACAAUGCUUGUUUCACAGCUCGAAAAUGGAUUCUUGAUCAUGGUGGUGCCACCUACAUACCUUCGUGGGGAAAGACUUGGCUCUCGAUACUUGGAUUGUUUGAGUGGUGUGGAACAAAUCCAAUGCCACCAGAGUUCUGGCUCCUUCCAUCGUUCCUUCCUAUGCAUCCAGCUAAAAUGUGGUGUUAUUGCCGCUUGGUUUACAUGCCCAUGUCGUAUUUGUAUGGGAAAAGAUUUGUGGGUUCCAUCACACCUCUUAUUCUUCAGCUCAGACAAGAACUCUACCUUCAACCUUACCAUCAAAUUCAUUGGAAUGAAGCUCGUGGCCUUUGUGCAAAGGAAGAUCUUUACUAUCCCCAUCCCUUGAUACAAGAUUUGAUAUGGGAUAGUUUGUAUACAUUCGCUGAGCCGCUUCUCACUCGUUGGCCCUUCAAUAAGUUGGUAAGAGAGAAAGCUCUUCAAGUAACAAUGAAGCAUAUUCACUAUGAAGAUGAAAAUAGUCGAUACAUAACCAUUGGCUGCGUCGAAAAGGUUUUAUGUAUGCUAGCUUGUUGGGUUGAAGAUCCGAAAGGAGAUGCCUUUAAGAAGCAUCUUGCUAGGGUUCCUGAUUACAUAUGGGUUUCUGAAGAUGGAAUUACCAUGCAGAGUUUUGGAAGCCAACAAUGGGAUGCUGGUUUUGCUGUGCAAGCUUUACUUGCCACAAACCAAACUGGCGAAAUUGCUUUUACUCUUGCAAGAGGGCAUGACUUCAUAAAGAAAUCUCAGGUUAAGGACAACCCUUCAGGUGACUUUAAAAGUAUGUAUCGUCACAUUACAAAAGGGGCAUGGACUUUCUCUGAUCAGGACCAUGGAUGGCAAGUUUCUGAUUGUACUGCAGAGGCUUUGAAGUGUUGUCUUCUUUUGUCAAUGCUACCACAAGAGAUUGUGGGUGAAACUAUGGAAGUAGAAAGGCUUUAUGAUUCCAUUAAUCUUCUUUUGUCACUUCAGAGUAAAAAAGGUGGAUUUGCAGCAUGGGAACCAGUGAAAGGUCAAGAUUGGUUAGAAGUGCUAAAUCCUACGGAAUUCUUCCAAGACAUCGUGGUGGAACAUGAAUAUGUAGAAUGCACUGGAUCAACAAUUCAAGCUCUAGUUUUAUUCUCAAAGCUAUAUCUACGGCAUAGAACAAGGGAGAUUGAGAAUUGUAUUGAGAAAGCUGUGAAAUUCCUUGAAGCCACACAAACUGAAGAUGGGGGAUGGUAUGGGAAAUGGGGUGUUUGCUUCACUUAUGGCACUUGGUUUGCAUUAGGUGGCCUUGCCGCUGCUGGUAAGACUUACAAUAAUUGUCUUGCCAUUCGCAAAGCUGUGAACUUUCUUCUCAUAUCGCAAAGGGAUGAUGGUGGGUGGGGUGAGAGCUAUCUUUCAUGUCCAAAAAAGAAAUAUGUUCCCCUUGAAGGUAAUAGAUCAAAUGUGGUACAAACAGCAUGGGCUAUGAUGGGUCUAAUAUAUGCCGGACAGGUUGAGAGAGAUCCAUCUCCUCUUCAUCGUGGAGCAAGACUUUUAAUCAAUGCUCAGUUGGAGAAUGGGGAUUGGCCACAACAAGAAGUCACUGGUGUAUUCAGCAGGAAUUGCAUGCUCCAUUAUCCAAUGUACAGAAAUGUUUUUCCGCUUUGGGCUCUGGCUGAAUAUCGGAAACGAGUUAGGCUUCCUUCCUUUAUCAAAAUGUGGAGGCUGAAGAUAGGAGAGGGAGGGAAAGAUCCUUAUAUAUUUAGUACAAACAACUUUAGUGGAAGGCAAAUAUGGGAGUUUCAUGCUGAUGAAGGAAUUCCAGAAGAACAAGCUGAAGUUGAAGCUGCUCGUCAAAACUUCUACAACAAUCGAUUCAACCUUAAGCCCUGUGGAGACCUUCUAUGGCGUUUUCAGUUCUUGAGGGAAAAGAAUUUUAAGCAAACGAUACCAAGGGUGAAGAUAGAGAAAGGAGAGGAAAUAAGUGAUGAAAAGGUUGGUAACACUGUGAGAAGGGCAAGUCAUUAUCUAAGUGCAUUGCAGUCAAAAGAUGGUCACUGGCCUGCUCAAAUUGCUGGAUGUCUCUAUUUCAUGCAACCUCUGGUAUUUUGCAUGUAUAUUACUGGUCAUCUUGAUGCUGUGUUCCCGGAAGAAUAUCGUAAAGAAAUCCUUCGAUACCUAUAUAAUCACCAGAAUGAGGAUGGAGGGUGGGGCCUACACAUAGAGGGACACAGUACCAUGUUCUGUACUGCUCUGAGUUAUAUAUGCAUGCGAAUGCUUGGAGAAGGACCCAACGGAGGCAAAGACAAUGCUUGUUUCAGAGCUCAAAAAUGGAUUCUUGAUCAUGGUGGUGCCACCUACAUACCCUCUUGGGGAAAGACUUGGCUCUCAAUACUUGGAUUGUUUGAGUGGAGUGGAACAAAUCCAAUGCCACCAGAGUUCUGGCUCCUUCCACCGUUCCUUCCUAUGCAUCCAGCUAAAAUGUGGUGUUAUUGCCGCUUGGUUUACAUGCCUAUGUCGUAUUUGUAUGGGAAAAGGUUUGUGGGUCCCAUCACACCUCUUAUUCUUCAGCUCAGACAAGAACUCUACCUUCAACCUUACCAUCAAAUUCAUUGGAAUGAAGCUCGUCGCCUUUGUGCAAAGGAAGAUCUUUACUAUCCACAUCCCUUGAUACAAGAUUUGAUAUGGGAUAGUUUAUAUACAUUCACUGAGCCACUUCUUACUCGUUGGCCCUUCAAUAAGUUGGUAAGAAAGAAAGCUCUUCAAGUAACAAUAAAGCAUAUUCACUAUGAAGAUGAAACUAGUCGAUACAUAACUAUUGGCGGCGUUGAAAAGGUUUUGUGUAUGCUAGCUUGUUGGGUUGAAGAUCCGAAUGGAGAUGCCUUUAAGAAGCAUCUUGCUAGGAUUCCUGAUUACAUAUGGGUUUCUGAAGAUGGAAUUACCAUGCAGAGUUUUGGAAGCCAACAAUGGGAUGCUGGUUUUGCUGUGCAAGCUUUACUUGCCACAAACCAAACUGGCGAAAUUGCUUUUACUCUUGCAAGAGGGCAUGACUUCAUAAAGAAAUCUCAGGUUAAGGACAACCCUUUGGGUGACUUUAAAAGUAUGUAUCGUCACAUUACAAAAGGGGCAUGGACCUUCUCUGAUCAGGACCAUGGAUGGCAAGUUUCUGAUUGUACUGCAGAGGCUUUGAAGUGUUGUCUUCUUUUGUCAAUGCUACCACAAGAGAUUGUGGGUGAAACUAUGGAAGUAGAAAGGCUUUAUGAUUCCAUUAAUCUUCUUUUGUCACUUCAGAGCAAAAAUGGUGGAUUUGCAGCAUGGGAACCAGUGAAAGGUCAAGAUUGGUUAGAAGUGCUAAAUCCUACGGAAUUCUUUCAAGACAUCGUGGUGGAACAUGAAUAUGUAGAAUGCACUGGAUCAACAAUUCAAGCUUUGGUUUUAUUCUCAAUGCUAUAUCCAGGGCAUAGAACAAGGGAGAUUGAGAAUUGUAUUGAGAAAGCUGUGAAAUUCCUUGAAGAUACACAAACUGAGGAUGGUGGAUGGUAUGGGAAAUGGGGCGUUUGCUUCACUUAUGGCACUUGGUUUGCAUUAGGUGGCCUUGCUGCUGCUGGUAAGACUUACAAUAAUUGUCUUGCCAUUCGCAAAGCUGUGAACUUUCUUCUCACAUCGCAAAGGGAUGAUGGUGGGUGGGGUGAGAGCUAUCUUUCAUGUCCGAAAAAGAAAUAUGUUCCCCUUGAAGGUAAUAGAACAAAUGUGGUACAAACAGCAUGGGCUAUGAUGGGUCUAAUAUAUGCUGGACAGGUUGAGAGAGAUCCAUCUCCUCUUCAUUGUGGAGCAAGACUCUUAAUCAAUGCUCAGUUGGAGAGUGGGGAUUGGCCACAACAAGAAAUCACUGGCGUAUUCAACAGGAAUUGCAUGCUCCAUUAUCCAAUGUACAGAAAUGUUUUUCCACUUUGGGCUCUGGCUGAAUAUCGGAAACGAGUUACAUAUAUAGCUUUCUAAAGUUGAAUAAAUAAUAGCCUAACGUAUAUGUAACUCAUGAACACAAAUAAUCUCCCUAGCUUUUGAAACUUUAUUAUGAACUCCUCUAAAGUCUUAUAUUUAUACCAACA